AUGGCGACCGUGACAGGACCCUCUAUUACAGGUAUGGAAAAAACCAAGAAAGCCUUAGCUCUACAAAGAACAGCUUUGAUAAGGAUCUAUGAUAAGUUGAAAGAAGAUUUCUCCAAAGAAAAAUGCGAUAUCCUAGAAAUACAGAGUAGCAUCAAAGUCUUGGAUGAAAUAAUGCUUCAAGUAUCUGAACUGAAUCAACUCAUGAUUGAUAUAAUGUUGGAUGCAGGAGAAGAAGAAGCGAAUAUGAAUGCAGAAGUGCAAUUGAUGAAUACGAUGAGUUCUCAAUAUCACAAGAUAAAAUGUAGUUUCGAUAAGUUAAUAUGUCAAAGCAGUGUCUCCAAGAAAUCAGAAUCCAGAAGCAAAUUGAAGAUUCCCAAACUUCAAUUCAGACAGUUUGGUGGUGAAACGAAAGAUUGGCUUGGAUUUUGGAAUCAAUUCAGCAGAAUUGAUGAAGAUUCUGAUAUAGAAGAGGAGGAUAAACUACAAUAUUUAGUUCAAGCUACCACACCAGGCUCUCGAGCUAGACAAAUUGUGGAAAGUUACCCUGCUUCUAAAGGUAACUAUGUUAAAGCAGUGGAUAGUUUGAAACAAAGAUUUGGAAGAGAAGAUUUGUUAAUAGAAGUUUAUGUCCGAGAACUUCUCAAGCUAGUUUUGAUGAAUCUGAAUACCAAAAAUAAACUAUCCACAUUUUUUGACAAAAUUGAAUCACAAUUGAGAGCAUUAGAAAGUCUGGGUGUAAAAUCAGAUACCUGCGCUGCGAUGCUAUACCCUUUGGUUGAAUCAUGCCUAGGAGAAGAUUUAAUACGAGCAUGGCAUAGAAGUCAGUUCUAUUCAUCAGAGUGCAGUUUGAAGAAGCGUCUUGAUGCUCUCAUGAAUUUUCUGAGAGAAGAAGUGAUGAACGAAGACAGAAUUCAUCUCGCGGUGUCCAGUUUCAAAGACAGACGAAAGCCUGAAGAUAGGAGCAUACGUACUAGUUCUAAUGUACCCACUGCUUCUGAAUUGUACAACAAAGGAGUUCCACGAUGUGUGUUUUGCAAAAAUUCACAUUCAACUGAUCAAUGUAAGGAAGUGUUGAAACUCAGUUUUGCAGAAAGGAAACAGAAAUUGUCAGAAAAUGCUUGUUGCCACCUAUGCACCAAAUUUGGUCAUAUAGCUCGAAGAUGCCGCUCUCGAGAAAAAUGCCACAGAUGUCAAGGUAGACAUUGUGUUAUUAUGUGUCCCAAAAACGAUGUCGAGUCAUCAUCGAGUUCUAAUGAUAGGAAUUUGAAACAGCCAAACUUGAAAAUUGAUGAACACAGUCUGUCCAACCACACUUUUCCCGAAAUUUUUUUGCAAACCAUAGUAGUAGAACUGAAGGGGGACAAAGAAUAUCGCCGAGUAAGACUCUUGAUCGAUACUGGAUCCCACAAGUCAUAUAUUACAAGAAAAAUUGCCGAAGAGAUGGGGUACCCUCCAGUUCGAGAAGAACAGCUAGUACAUUCACUUUUUGGAGGAACCCAAACUGAAUCUGUGAGUCAUAGAUGCUUCAGAAUUUCUCUACAAAGUCUUACUGAAGACUACUGUUGCAACUUCGAAGUUUUGGAUCAACCAUUGAUUUGCAACCACGUAAGCUCAGUGAAAAAGGGACCUUGGCUGGAUGAACUGAAACGAAUGGGAGUAGAAAUUACUGACACUACAGAUGGGCCAAUUGAUGUUUUGGUUGGUGCCGACAUAGCCGGAAAACUUUUUUCCGGACGUAAACAAGAUUUGGAUUGUGGACUUGUAGCGGUUCAUACAUUACUAGGUUGGACACUCAUGGGAAAACUGAAAUCAGAAUACUCAUCUAAGACAUCCCUUCUUGUAACUUCGAUGUUUUCAAAAAAUGUGGCCAUAUGUGACUUAUGGAAUCUAGAUGUCCUUGGUAUUCAAGCUCCUGAAAGAUCUGAAUCACAACGGGAACAAGAAAAACUUGUUAUGGAACAUUUUCUAGCAACAGUUAAACGAAGAGAUGACAGGCGAUAUGAAGUGUGUAUGCCUUGGAUUGAAGGUCAUUCCCCUUUAUCAUCCAAUUUCGAUUUAUCCUAUAAAAGACUCCUCCACACUGUGAAAAAGUUAAAAAGGGAUAAUUUCUACAACGUCUACGAUAACGUCUUCGACAAUUGGUUAGCUGAAGGAGUUAUAGAAUGUUCGUCAGAAAAUGAACCUCUUGAAACAUCAUCUCAGUCUGGUCAUUUUUUACCUCAUCAUCCAGUAUAUAAGCCCAGUAGUACCACAACACCUGUACGUCCAGUUUUUGAUGCUUCGUCAGGAGCAAAGAAUCAACCAUCUUUGAAUCAGUGCCUUGAGAAAGGAAUCAACCUCAUUGAAUUAAUUCCAUCUAUGAUUCUACGUUUCCGCUUGGAUAAGAUAGGAAUCACAGCUGAUAUAAGAAAGGCAUUUCUUCAGAUUGGAUUACAAGAAAACGAUAGAAACUUUCUGAAGUUUCUUUGGUAUGAUAAAAACGGAAAAAUAAAAAUUUAUAGACAUGCCCGUGUCGUAUUUGGAGUAACUUGCAGUCCUUUUCUAUUGGGAGCAGUCCUCGAAUUUCAUCUGCAGGAAACUCUAAGAGAAUCAAUUCAUGAAGAAAACUCCUAUAGUCCCGAAGUUAUUUCGAAAUUAUUGAAGUCAUUUUACGUUGACAAUAUUCUUAUAAGUGUACAAAACGAAGAAGCUCUCAACCAAUUUAUUGAACAGUCAACUAAAAUUCUGGCUGAUAGAAAGUUCGAGUUGAGAGGGUGGGAGCAUUCUUUGCCAGAAAAUGUCGAAGUCGAAGCAAAAAGUAACAUCCUUGGACUCAUCUGGAAUCGUAAAUUGGACACCUUAGAACUUUCUCUAGAAUGGUUUGAUAAAAUGGAUGUAGGACUGAUAACUAAACGAACUAUAUUAUCUGCAGCACACAAACUGUUUGAUCCAAUUGGUUUCUCAUGUCCAGUGACACUGAUCCCAAAAAUUUUGCUCCAAAGGACUUGGUCUACGAAAUUGGGAUGGGAUUUGGAAGUUGAUGAAGUAGUUCAAGAAUUAUUCCUGAAGUGGUUACAAGAACUACCCUAUUUGACAUCCGUUAAGAUUCCUCGGUGGAUAUCUUUAGAUUCCACUAUAUUGACCACUCAAUCUGUACAUGUUUUCUGUGAUGCAAGUGCAGAUGCCUAUGCAGCUUACUGGUACCAUGUUCCUGGUGAUAUGAAUCCUGCAGAUCUUCCAUCACUAGGAUGUUCUGCUAAAUCACUAGCUGAUGGAAGAUGGUGGGAGGGUCCAAAAUGGUUGUGUGAUCCAAUUUCCCAAUGGCCUAGUCAGAAUUUUGAUAGUAAUGAAGAGGAAAUAAACUGCGAAAGAAGAAAAACUGUUGUUUCCUCGUUGCCGGUGUCUAAAGAUUUUGUAUGGUACUACAAGUACUUUUCGAAGUUCAGCAAAAUCGUCAAGAUGGUUACAUGGAUCAAACGAUUUGUCAAUAAUAGCAGAAAGAAAAAUACUGAAGACUCAAAAUUUCUGACUGUCGAUGAACUGGAAGUAUCAAGAAAACUAGUAAUUCGUUUCAUACAAGAAGAAAGUUUUGAGUCUGUAGAAGAUCCCAAAUUAUCAUCAUUAUGUCCCUUUACUGAUAACCAAGGACUGAUCAGAUUGCGAACAAAAAUUUCAGAUAGAACUGAUGCAGAGGAUUUUCGUAUGCCAUUUGUAUUGCCCACAAACCAUGAAGUUGUGAAACGUUUGAUUUUCGAAGAACAUAUAAAGAAUAAUCAUGUUGGAGUACAAGAAUUGAUGAGUAUUCUUAGAGCGAAUUAUUGGAUUCUUAAAAGUAGACGCACUAUUAGAUCCGUUAUCAGUAGUUGCAUCUCUUGUAAGCGAUUUAGAUGCAAACUUCUCAAAUGUCCUGCCAUAAGUUUACCAGAAAAGAAAAGCGAUAAUCAUACCAAAGGUGAAGGGGAGCAGUUAUCAAAAAGAUUGUUAACUAGAGAUCCGGUAGUUAGAACGAGAUCAGGAAGACCUGUAAAAGUUCCUGAAAGAUUUGAACAUUGA